AUGCUGCAGGGUCCACAUGUCCUGGGUUAUGACAAGCCCCUGAUCAGACUAUCAUUCACCUCCUGUGUUGUGGGCACCGUCAGUCUGCCACUGCUUGGCUUAAUUACCUGCAUCUUCAUCUCCUCCGUGUUCCAUUUCCAGGACUCCACUGACACACAUUGCAAGGUUACCAAUUAUCUGCCCUCCAUUAGUGCCUCCAUAAGCCUGAGCCCAGAGUGCCAUAUCUGGCGCUUCUGCAUUGGCCUGCACUCUGCUCCCAGGUUCCUGGUGGCCGUGGCCUAUUUUAACUUCUAUAAGGGCCGCUUCUCCACAAGGUUCCUGGAGUGGCUGCUCAGCUGCCUCAACUUCAUGUGUGCCAUCACUGAGAACUUUGGCCUCUUGCUGCUCACCUACGUGUCAUCCAAUGAGACAUACCUUGUCCAUAAAGAAGGUUUUGUCCUGUUCAUUGCCAGUUCUGUUAUCCACAUGGUGUUAACCUGUCGGCUGUGGCUGGUUAUAAAGAAGUACUCACUGAUUCCUGAGGACGUGAAAUCUUUCCACUGGAAAAUCCGCUGCUUGAUCCUCAACAUCGCUUUCUGCUGCUUGGCUGCCUACUUUUACUGGAAACACAACAUGUAUUGUGAACAAGGGAGCUACACAUUUUUCGCCCUCUUUGAGUAUUGUGUGGUGUUCUCCAACAUGGCCUUCCACCUAACAGCCUUCUGGGACUUUAAGAGCAGAGAGAUGGUGGUCAUCUCACCAGAGGAGGGUAAAGACUUCUGA